CCGCCGACGCCGACGUUCAGUACGUCCAGUACGCCGGAGUGCCGCUCCGCACCGCGUCUCCCGCACCGCGUCGUGUCACACGUGUCGGCCUUGUCACGCGUGUCCGCUACACUUUACUGCAGUUGGGUGAAAGUCAUCGGAAAGGGAUCGAGCAGUGCCCCGCAGCGCCCCGUCCGCGGCGUCCGCUCGCCCCAUGGGAGGGGCUGAUCUGCACUUACCUGCCGGUCCUUUCGGCGGAGGCGAGGACGGCCAGGACGGGCCAUGAUCUAACAGGAAUCGGCGUCCCGAGUCCCUGCUCCACCAUGCGGGCGCCGCGGGCGGCCAUCCAGUGCGCCGUCUGGGCCCUGCUGGCCUCCUGUGCCGCGGCCUUCAUCGUGCCCGAGGAGCUGGUGUCCUUCCUGUCCAUCGUCUACUCCAACAUCCCGCCCAUCCGGAAGGGAACCGACUCGCGAGUGGGGCUGGGCUUCCGCCUGGGCCCGCACGCCGACGCGCAGAUCGUGCUGGAGCUGGGCCCGCAGACCAACACGCGCCCGCUGCAGGCCGGGGGGCCCAACUUCGGCUCGGCGUCGUCCAGCAAG